GGCGCCAUGAAUCUGAGCAGCAUGGCCGAUCUGAACCUGACGCUGUACUCGGGCGCCUUCAACUUCAGCCUCGGCCGUGCGCUGGACAUCCUUCAAGCAGCACUAUCGCAGCGACCGCGUCUUCUCCGGCUCCACCGAGGCCGGCAUCGUAGCCGCGUACGUGUUCCUCAUCACUUCGGGCGUCUUCUGCAAUCUGCUCGUGUCCGGCGUGAUCCUGUCGCACGCCAAGGUGCGCACCAACCGCAACCUGUUUGUGGUCAACCUGAGCAUCUCGGACACGGCGCUGUGCCUCUUCUGCAUGCCUUUCACGGUGUACUCGCUGACGCGCAAGACCUGGCCGCUGGGUGAGCUACUCUGCAAGCUGGUACCCUGCUUCCAGAGUGCCACCGUCUUCGUGUCGGCGGCCACCGUGUCGGCCAUCGCGUUCGACCGCCACCAGACCGUGGUGGCUGUGAACGUGCAGCGGCCAGAGGACAGCCGCCGUCGGGUAGCCUGGUACAUGGCCGCCAUCUGGAUCUUCUCGGUGGCGCUGUCGCUGCCGAUGUGCUUGUCGCAAAGCCUCCAGAAGGUGGGCUUGUCGCGCCGAUAUAUGUACGAGAAGUGCGUCGAGCAGUGGCCCUCACCUGGUGCCAAGCAGCUCUACACCCUGGUCACCCUGCUCAUCCAGUUCGUCAUACCCACCACGGCACUCGUGGUCACCCAUUUCCGCAUCAAGUCGCACCUGAGCUGCUCGGCCGCCUCGACGCCGGGAGCCUCGACCACGGCGCCUGACAAGCGCGGCUACUCGGAGCGCCUGCAACGCGAACUGCGCCGCAACCGGCGCGCCACCAUGGUGCUGCUCAAUGUUUCUGUCGUGUUCGCCAUCUCCUGGCUACCUUGGAACGCCAUGAACCUGCUGACCGAUUUCCACUUGGAGGGCAUCUCGCCGCAGCGGCUGUAUCUCAUCUUCGCUGUUUGCCACAUGAUCGCCAUGAGCAGCGCCACCACGAACCCCAUCAUGUACGGCUGGCUCAACACGAACAUCCGCCGAGAGCUGCUGGGAGUGCGCAACCGCGUUGGACUCGUCUUCAGCACGCUGCGCGCCUCCAACAGCGAGAACAACCUACACACGUCCAUGGACGACAACAGCCGCACGGCCGUCACCGUCGACAAGAGCCGCUUAUGACGCGUCCCGCUCGGCUACCGGCGCCGCUCGUCGGCCGCGUCGUCGGUGUAGGCCCCACUUGGUUCUCGAGACAAUAACGUGAUCCACGCCUGGAAAGAACUGCGUGCUGCUCCCGAGUGGCGCCAGAGUGCGCGACAUAUCGCGGCAUAGAAUCCCCCACAUUUCACAGACGCUCUUCAUGUGGGUAUGAACUCCGCCGUUGCGUAUCCGACCCGAAGAUCUGCGCUCAACUUUAUUGAAUGGACCGUGUAGCGUCGGCACUUGAUGUCCCAUGCGACUUCUGGCCGAACAAAACGUGAAAUGCGGCUGUGUGCAUUGCUUUGUUGGACACUUGGUAACUGCUUUGAUCUUGUCUCCCUGUUUCUCUCGAGCUUCUGUCCAGCCGACACUUGCCGUCAACUUCACACGAGGCUCUAGUUUUCACUGCACGAAGUGCUAGACGUCUAAGCACCUCUGUGCAGAAAGCCGGCUUCGCCGCUAAAUUAUACUUUUUGAAAAAAAAAAUAAUAAUUGCGCGCGUCAAGUGCCAGUGAUGUAUUUUACCAAUCCACGCCGUUAUAACUGAGCAGCUUGCGUGCAAUUGUCACUAUUUAAAUUAUAAGUAUGCUUCACUGUGUAACUUGACUGUGUAACUUCAUCGCUUACAAAUGCGUCGUCGCUUAUAAAGCCAGCGAACUCACGAGAAGCUUUCAGAGAUAACGAUGUCGGUUAUCCUUGUAUGCACCGUCGUCCGCGUUGUGUCCAUCAUUCAUUUGUAGCUGCAGCCGAGAACGAAAUAGAGAAUUGUUGUGAGCGUGAUAAACCCAGGCACCCAGUUAGUGCAUGUAAACAUGUUAUGGGUUGUUCACUGGCUGCACUACGGACGCUUUUCUGCCCGAAACGUUUUUGUCAGAACUUAAGUGCGCACUCUACCCUACUGCUAUCCCGAAUCGUAGGGCAGGACUUAUUCAGCAUAUGCUUGUGCCUAAACUUUGGCCUUUGUCAUUGAAAUUGCGAGUUAGUUUCCUGAUGAAUCAAUAUGCGGGCUCGACGUACAUUCCGAAGCUGCACACAGACUCCGACUCUUUUACUGAAUUCAAGUGCUGAAAGCAAUAGGGGCGUAAUGAAGAAGUAAAACGGGUCUUCACUAGAUCAGGAGAAAACGUUGAUGGAAUUUAUGCAAAUGCUCAAACAAAACGUCUCGAUGUGACCUACACAGACUUACGGUAUAGCAGCGGUCGCGUGCGCACUUCACGAUGACGACGGCAUCGUCGUCAUCGACGUCGGACGGCGGCGACCGCCGAGGUUAUGAGUAGUGGUGUAUAGUGUUAUUUGGUUACAUCUAGCAUCUCAUAUGCUCGCGCUUACACAGCACAGUGUCCGAGACGCAGGAGGAGCGUUCUGCGCUUAGUCGGCGACUGGCGCAUCAUACAGCGGACGCACGCGAGCGACGCGUGCGCUUAUACCAUGCGCUCAUCCUCCCUUGUGGAAAGUUCGUUCUAUAUAUCGUGCGUGCUUUCGUGCUUUCACGCGACACGAUCGAGCACGCACAGAGCCGACGGCGCGAUGGCUCGGGCACGUUAGCGACAGGCGCGCCUGCCCCUUCGGAACCGUCGGCAGAGUGCGUAAAUUGAGGUACGCGCGGGAUGCGUCAUCAAAUCGUCGUUAGUAUACACGCCUCGCGCUGGUCCUGCCGAUUCUUUUGAAGCUUUCCAAUUUUUAUUAUGGUCACGAAGGAACGUCACACCAUUUCUGCGGGCGGUAACGUAUAUAAAGAGGAGCUCGUUCGCGGCUCAAGCUCUGCGCCUAUAUGCAGCAGCCCCAAACUAACGUGGACGUUUGUUCAGCCUCGAUGUACACCAAAUCUCUUUUUUUUUGUUCUAGGGAGGAACACGACGUGCUUCUUUAAGCGGCUUCGACGUGUUUAAGCUUGGCUGUAAUUGGAUGUGGCACGGACUAAACACCUCGUGCUGAAGGGCAGUUUCGAGCCACGUUUCGCUCUAGCCUUCUGUGUGUGCGUUCUGGUGGCAUGCUUAGUGACAGUAAUUUAAAUUAGCCGCUUCCGGCAGCGUACAGUUACGUUGGAGUUCCUAAAGCACGCCUUCUUUGUUCGUGUAUACUUAAAGCGCGUUCUUUACACAACUGUGCACGGCUCACUCGAGGGAAGUUUGCAGCCUGCUUCUGCACCUCUGUGCCAUUAAACUUCCGUGUUGUCGGAUACUUUGAUAGAAACAGAUAAACGUAUUCAUUUAUUUAUUUAUUUAUUUAUUUAUUUAUUUAUUUAUUUAUUUAUUUAUUUAUUCAUUCAUUCAUUCAUUCAUUCAUUCAUUCAUUCAUUCUUAGGUUCGCAAGGAGUUACAGAGAGGAGUGGGAUUGCGAUAAAAAGUACACAACAGCCGAUAAAUUUCCUCAUUCCAGCUGGGCAAGUUGGAACAUAAAUUUCGACAACAUGGUCAACGCGUGUUAAUAUAUAAUGAAGAAUUAAAAUAAAUAUAGUUUUAAGCUUUCGUAAUAAUAGUAAAUCUUGUAAUGCGCACACUGUAAGAGAUAUGCGGCGUCGUACAGGAAUAUCAGGAAGGUCGAAGUGUUUCCAUAGAAACAGUGAAGCACGCGGAAUGGCUCUGAAGCUAUUGCGGGAACGUAAAUAGGGAUUUACUUCGGACAUGUUCGACAGAUGAGGCAUACCCUAUGCUAUGAAUGAAGUGGCGUCUUGUGCAGAAGCAAUUUCAAGGAUGCUUGGCCAUGAGAAGUGUUGCUGCGGAGGAAGUCAAACCUGCGUUUGGAAUUGUUGAUAAUGUACUGUACGUCCAUACUGCGAGAAAAACAAGUAAUGUGAACGCCUCGGUACUGGUACGAAGUCAUGGGAGUUGGAAGAGAAGCAUUAAUGCUGUAAUAACGGGAACAAGAAUCGAGAGCAGACCGGUGUAGCAGCAAUGAGAAAUGUUAAUUACAUCAGACUGCAGUGUGCAUGCGCUGGACAGGUCAGCUAUUUUUCUGUAAAGUGCUCAAUAAUUAUUAAAUAAUUCCAUAAUCGAGCGCUCUGAAGCGGAAAGCUCAUUGAUGUAGAUGAAAAAAAAAAUAGGUCCGAGCACGAAACUUUGAGAAGCACGUGACAAAAACCGGAAUCACGCUGAUUGCCACUACAUACUGUGUAAUGUCAUGGACCUCGAUAUGUUUCGAGAGCACUAGUGUUCUCGGGAAGCUGGAAACCUUUAGUAUCGCAGCAUAAAUGCCAGCCUAACAAUUAUGUACACGUGAAGGUUCUGCCACGGUAUUGGAAUAAAUCAUUCGCUCACCUUCUAGCUUUAGCGGUUCAGUCAUAAAUACCAUGAAAGCGCAAAAUUGACGGUUUUCACCACACGCAAGACAGAAAGGAUAUAGGGAGGCUAGCCAGCAAAAAAUAAACAAAUAAAUAAAAAUAAAAAAAUCCGCUUUCUAUCCUGCACUGGAAGGUGUGGAAGGGGACUGGAAAGAAAAUAAGGAAAAAGAGAGACAAAAACAGUGCAAAUGCAGACGCUCACUUCUCGUUCAAAGCAAAGGAUGAAACUCGUCGGUGCUAAAAUAACAACUUACGAUACUACACAAAAGCCUCCAAACGCAAUUGAUUGUUUUUUUCCCUCUAUUUUCGUCAUUUAAAUAUCGUUGAACAAUACCCAUCACGCAAGAAAAAAAUAAAAAGAACAUCCUUCAUUAAAGUGUAAUGUCUUACUUUUGCCAUCAGGCAAU